AUGGUAAAUAUUACUGAUUUCUUUGGCAAGCAGAAGGGAGCCACGCCGAAGCGUAAAGUGGUGAAGAAACCCGAAGUUAUCGAUCUGGAUGAUGACGAUGAUGACAUUUUGGGAGCCAUUGUCGAUGAACCAGAGGAGCAAGAAACUAAGCCCGCUGAAACUAAGAAAGAAAUUCCAGUUAUAGAGAAGAAACAAUUGCCUACAUCACCCCCAGUAGUAGAGAAGAAAGCUAUUGUCGCGAAGGAAGAAGCUAAACCUAUAGCGAAACCAGCAACUCCAAAGUCCAAUAAACCAGUUACAGCUCAAGAUGUACUUGAUAGUAUACCCAGUUUAGACUUGAAUACUGUACAUGUUAAGGAAAAUGCAACUUUUGACUUUAGACAAUCCAAGCAGCAAUCGAAUGACAGCGGGAUGGCCAUGGAUGUGGAUAUACCGGAAGGCCAAGAUAAUUGUCUACUAGGACUUACGAUUGUAUUCACAGGUACACUUCCUAGUAUUGAGAGAGGAGCGGCUGAGAAUCUAGCGAAACGGUAUGGUGCCCGUGUCACCAAAUCAAUUUCUAAGAAGACAUCCGUUGUGGUACUUGGGGAUGAAGCAGGUCCAAAGAAACUUGAAAAGAUCAAGGACCUUGGAAUCAAGGCUAUUGACGAAGAAGGAUUCAAGCAGUUGAUCGCAGGUAUGCCAGCAGAUGGUGGUUCUGGAGAUGCUGCAGAGAAGGCUAAACAAAAACUUGAAGAGCAAGAGCGUGAAGCUAUUAGACAAGCUGAGGAAAUGGAUAGAGAGGAGAAGCAGAAAAAAAUGGCGAGAGAGCGUGAGAUGGCGAAAUUGAAAAAGCAAAAUCCUAAUAGUAUCACCACGACAAGGGAGCCAGUCAGGGAGCAGGAUAAACUUUGGACGGUAAAAUAUGCUCCUACUAGUCUACAACAAGUGUGUGGGAAUAAAACCAGCGUUAACAAACUGAAAACAUGGCUGAGUAACUGGGAGGCGAACAAAUCUAAUGGUUUUAAAACCCCGGGUCGUGAUGGAACUGGUAUAUAUAGAGCAGCUAUGCUAUAUGGGCCUCCUGGUAUAGGUAAAACUACAGCAGCUCAUUUGGUUGCCAAGGAGUUAGGAUAUGAUGUUUUAGAACAGAAUGCAUCAGAUGUUCGUUCUAAAAGUCUGUUAAAUGGUGGGGUCAAGAAUGCUCUAGAUAAUUUCUCCAUUGUUGGUCUGUUACAGAAUGAUAAGACUGCCAAUUCAAAUGGAACGAAAUUCGUCAUAGUUAUGGAUGAAGUAGACGGUAUGAGUGGUGGUGAUAGAGGUGGUGUUGGCCAAUUGGCACAAUUUUGUAGGAAAACAUCUACCCCACUAAUCCUGAUAUGUAACGAGAGGACUCUACCAAAAAUGAGACCAUUUGAUCGAGUUUGUCUAGAUAUUCAGUUCCGUAGACCUGAUGCCAAUAGCAUAAAGGCAAGAUUGAUGACUAUCGCAGUGAGAGAGAAAUUUAAACUGGAUCCAAACGUUAUUGACAAGCUUGUACAAGCUACAAGAGGUGAUAUUAGACAAAUUAUCAAUCUUCUUUCAACAGUCUCAAAGACAUCAAAGACAAUAAAUCAUGAAAAUAUCUCAGAGAUCUCAGCUGCCUGGGAAAAGAAUAUUGCUUUGAAACCUUUUGAUAUUGCUCAUAGACUCCUUGAUGGUAGUAUUUAUACCGAACUAGGAUCACAGAGAUUUUCUUUAAAUGAUAAAAUUAUGUUAUAUUUUGAUGAUUUUGAUUUUGCGCCAUUGAUGAUACAGGAAAAUUACAUUCACACCAGACCAUCUGUCUUGAAGCCAGGUCAAAGUCAUCUACAGGCUGUGGCAGAUGCUGCGGAGAGCAUUUCACAGGGUGAUCUUGUUGAAAGGAAAAUUAGGAGCAGUGAACAACUCUGGGGAUUGUUACCUCUUCAUGCAGUUCUUUCAUCAGUACGUCCAGCAUCAAAGGUUGCCGGGCAAAUGGCUGGUAGAAUUAACUUCACAACAUGGCUGGGUCAAAACUCAAAGAUGGGUAAAUAUUACAGAUUACUACAAGAACUUCAAUAUCAUACCCGCCUGAGCACAUCAGCAAAUAAGUUUGGAUUUAGGAUGGAGUAUAUGCCACUACUGAAGAAAAGGUUAUUGAACCCACUUGUCAAGCGGGGCUCUGAUGCCAUAAGUGACGUUAUCCAAUUGUUAGACGAUUAUUACUUAACUAAGGAAGAUUGGGAUAUCAUAAUGGAAUUCAUGGUAGGACCUGACAAUACUGACGCCAUCAUAAAGAAGAUACCAACAGCUGUCAAAAGUGCAUUUACAAGAAAGUAUAAUGGUAUGACACAUCCUGUGGCAAUCUAUAGGACUGGAUCUUCCGUUCCUGUUUCGGGAGGUUCCAGGGAGACACCAGAUUUCGAAGACGUUGUCGACGCCGAUGAUGCAGUACCCGCUGCUGAGGAGGAUACUCAAGACGAUAAUGAUCUCAAAAAAGACAAAUUAAUUAAACAAAAGGCUAGACCCAAGAAAAGAGCAGCUCCUGCCAAAGGAGCAGCCAAAAAGAAGAAGCAAAAGGUUUAG